AAUACAUACGUACCUGUACUCGUUAUCAGCGUUAACAGGCAACUCGCUCACAAUCGAACCGAGUCUUUGCGAGCUCGCGUGCAAGAGAGAGUCCUCGAACGAAGCGUUUCUCCGGUCUCCGUUUCUCGCGUUUGCCUCGGCCAGUUCUCGUCUCGGCCAUUCUCUCUCCUCAUUAUUCCCCAUCUUCGUCUCGCUCUUUCUUACAUUCUCAGUCUUCUCCCUCUCCCCGUCGUUUCUCUCUCUUUCUCUCGUACUCUACGUACAUUAUACGAACAACUCGUCGUCAGUCAGUACAGAGACAUCGUUGCCGGCGCCUCGUUUAUCUCGCUCCCUCUUCUCCUCCUCUUUCCUUUUGCUGUCUUUCUCUCGUCUUUUCGUUCUCUCCUCUCCCCCCACGACUUUGUUUAAUUUUUCUUCUCUCAUUAACUGUAUUCGUUAUCGUAUCCUCCAGGUCCAGCGCCUACUCCAGAGUUUCACUCUUCUCCUCCGCUCUUUUUGCCUUUUUUGCGCAAGGAAGAAAAGAAUGUCGCGAAAAAUCACGCGUCGUUCGUUAUCGUGUGACAGUGACAGUGUGUCCGAGGUGUGACAAUGAUAAGGAUAUCCUUCCCUCUUCCUACGUUCGAGAUAAGGAGUUAAUCCGUCACGAAGGGAUCGACGAAAACGGAGCAACUUUACUCUUCGUGACUUCUCCCGGGGUAUUCGCGCGACCUUAAAGGGAGAACGGUGCGCAGCGUACCAGAAUGGAGUCAAUGGGGAAAGUCUUCGAUAUCUCGGAAACAGAUGCGCAACAUAAUCAGAAUCCGCUUAAAGAAGACGGAAAGGAAGCGAAUGCGGGAACCGUGCAAGUUUUCUCGCUCGAUAAAAUUACCGUUGAAAAGAUUGUCCUCGAGUCUUCGAACGGAUCGCGAGAAGUACUGCUGACGAAGAACGAGUCUUCGAGGAAAUUCUCCAAGAGUUUUGAGACAAAGUCGAAUGUUGUCAAACGAGCGAAAGACGACCGACAGAAAUCGACAAGUAACGGCAUAUUUUCCGCUCCGGAAAAUGCGUUCACGUAUUCAAAACCAAAAGACACUAAUCUUAAGACCAUUAUUCUUGAUAGGCAAUCAAAGCUUCCCAUCUCGAGGAGUCGAAAGAGCGACGACGUUAGUUUUCCAAACGAAGGAAGAAGGAUCAAACCGAUUAAACUUACCAAGAAUCCAGCCAUCGGUAGCAUUGUGAUCGACGAUCUAAAUUCGACGAAUGCAAUCGCCAAGAGAAAUAAAGUGCCACCAAAAGUCCCGGAGAAACCUGUGAUCAAGAAAGAAAAUACUUCAUCUUUGACAGUCUCUUCUUCUACGAAAGAAUUGUCAAAAGAUUUAUCGCCAAAUCGGGAGAAAGUUGUUGACGAAACAUUAUUUGCGAAUACGCAAGAGCAAUCGACUGAACGUAAACUUUUCGAAACGGAAGAUGUUAAAAAUGAUGCUGAUGUAAAUUGCGUUGAAUUUGAGAAACAUAAUGAAAUAUCUAAAAUUGCAAAUGUGCAGUGCAAUGAACUGAACGAGAUCGAAAAACGAAACGACGCAACAGGCGUCGAAAAUCGGAGAGAAAGCGCGAAAAUUGACAGAGACGCGCAGAGCUGUCUGGAGAAAAGUCAAGCGACUAUCGAAGAUCUUCAAAAGAAUCUGAGCACCAGGAUUCAGCCUAGUACUGCGCAAAGUUAUAAAGAGAAGCUGCUGGGUUUUCAGGCCAAUUAUACUCCGAGGUCGUCGGUUACCACAGAGUCGAGUGGCAGCGAGAGAUUAAGUUCCGGAUUCGACAAGGAUUUUCUCGAGAAGCAUAAUCUGGAUAAACGAUUGAAAAUCGAGGAGAGGAGACUGUUGGAAACCGAUCUCGAUUACACGUCCGACCACGACCGAACCAGCGAAACUGAAGAUCAACCAUCGCGUAAAAUCGGGCGAAGAUACAGCAAGAAAGUAACGGAGAUAGAGAAAAGGUGGUCCGGAGAAUUUUUAGAGAAUCGUUUGCAACGUAACUCCUCGGAAUCCUCGAAAUCAUCUUACAUUGAAGAGUUUGGUAGCGUGUCCUCGCGCGAGAGCAUCGUCGAGGAUCACGACGGUCGGUUGCUUUUCGGCCAAAAACAUCCAGCAAAGUUCGCGAAAAGGCAAACGUCGAUCGAUGAGUCGAAGAUACGAACUUCGGAGGAAAUUCUUGAGAACAGUACCGUGAGCACUGUCGAUUCCGAUUCGUGCUUGGAGGAUAGAAUCAAGGCUGUCGAUGAGGACAUUGCUCAUGUGAAUGAAGUGCAGACAGAUGACGAUAUCGAUGGACUUGACCAAGCAUAUGAUAACGAGAAAAUAAAAGACUGCAUUCAAUGGAAUGAAGAAGCGAAUACCAUUCUCACAACAGCGACGGUCUCUGAAGAGAAGAAUCAAAAUUUACGAGAAGAGAAAAGCAUUAGUGACACAACGGGCAUCGAUAAUUGUAACGAUACAAAUUCGAAUCAAGUGGGGAAUAAUUAUAAAAAGAAUAUAGUAAGAAACGAAGAACGAGUGUCAGACAUAUUUCUUGUAGAUGAGAACAAACAUUCCACUGAACGAAAGAACGAUGAGACUUAUUUAAGUUCCUUUACGAUAAUUAAUUCAAGAGAACCUACCGAUUCGACCUUCGUGCUCCGAAAUCAUCGCAAUAAAGACGGUUACGCUAGUCUUAUAAAAGAAUUCGCCAUGGAGGCGGGAUCAUCCAAGAUGAAGAAAGAGGAGAAACAGAAAAGGAAGCUCGGUUUUCGACGUCUUUUACCAGCCAUCUUUUCGCCAAAGGAUUCUCGAAAAGAUUACAAGAAAAAGGAGCAGAAGGAACGAAGACGAUACGACGAACGGCAUUUUGCUCGUUAUCAGCAAAAUGGAAAUUACACGAGAUCGCCGGACACGAUGAAUCUAAACGAAGAUAUCAAGAGAAACGUCAAACUGGAUAACAGCCUGAACGGCUCCAUCAUCGAUGAGAGGUUGGACGAGAUCAAACGCGAGUUGUUUCCCGAGCAAGGACCAAUUACUAGCACGCCGGAUCACUUUUUGCAAACGGAUGAUACGCGACUUCUUUGUGAUAGAACCAAAAGUCAGAGAUCGUAUACUACCGAUUCCAGUCUCAGCUCGAUCGCGCCGGACGAGAGAUGGACAGAGCGUGGCGGACAAUAUGUUAUCUCGCCCGACAUCAGAAAGUACGAGCAGAGGCAGAAACGCGAGGAGCACGACAGCCGACGAUGUAAUUAUUUGGAACGCAAGCACAGUUUACAAGAGUCGAAUCAUGGCAAUCGUAAUUAUUUCUUCCAGAGAAAUCACGGACCCUCCGGUCGAAUUUCGGCGCCGCCGGGUGAACGAUAUUUAGUUCGACCUCGAGCCAUUCAUCUCGUCGACAGACCGCUCCCUGAGAUCCCGCAGUCGCGAUUAGAGUUGUCAAACUAUGAAAAUUAUCAGGACGACAUUAACCAACUAUGCGACGAUUUCAGUGGCAUGGAUGUUGUCGAUAACAAAAAUUACCAGAAUCAAUCCGGACUUUAUCAGAAUGAUGGCAAUCUCGAGACGGGCUUAAUCAACACCCCGCAAUCAGUUCCCGCGCAAGUCAAGAUUACUCGGCAACCAAUCGUAAAUCAGAUUCAGAGAGCGCCCUUAAUCGGAAGAACUACAAAGUAUCCAUCGUCUGGGUCCAGCCAAAAGUCCGGCGAUUAUGCCGAUUCGAGUUGCACACCUAAUUCGAGUCAAAAGAGCGAGUUUUCUCCUUCCAGCUCGAAAAGCGGCGAGUAUUAUCUGAACUCGCCUCGCAGUAGUACCCGAACUUCUCCUACCGAACGAUCGAUCUUCGAAGAUGGGCGAGAAAAAAUCUAUGAGAACGAAGCUCAAGCAGCGACUUGUCAAUCGUCGAUUAAUUACGUUGAGGAACACGUUUACGACGAAACUCCAUCGUCACCAUGUCGUGAGAAACAUUUUUCAAGCGCGAAACCAUCGGAUCAUACGGCAGACAAUUCGCCGGAGAAGAAGGAUAAUCUAAUCUGCGAACCAAAGUGUUUAUCGCAUCGACAAUCUCCUUUAAAAAAUACCUCUUUCCAAUAUUCUUGCGAAGAUAACGAAAAUGUGCAAACGGAAUCAAAACGAGAGAUUGAAAAAUCACGCGAAGAUUGCUUAAAAAACCACGAAAUAGAAUUUGAUGUAAAUCCGAAGAACGAUUCACCGGCGGCCAGCCAAGCUGAGAAAACAUCCAUUCGAAACGUAUCGCCGUCGAAACACGGAAUGACAACAACGAUGUCCCCGUCAGUGGGAUCCCGAGCCAGAAGAUCACAACCAAAUGAUCAAAUCUUGAUAGCCUCGCCCAAGAGAGAAACCAUCUGUCAGUCUCGAGUUUCUCGACCAUCUAACGAGAUGAGACUCCGCGGCGCGGAAUCGCCCAUUCCCAUGGCAGAUUCGCGCGAGGGCAUUUCUGGCAUCGUUCCAAUUGAAGUGCGACAUCAAUACGGUAGCCAGAAUUCUUCCGCUACGGGAAUGAAAAGAUCUACCGAGCAAAAGACUAUACCGUCUUCCGGCUUCGCGAAAGGCAUCUCGCGUCCCGAGCCAAUUUAUGGACACCGUAGACAACAGACUUUUCAUAGGAGCGACGUUACGACCUUGGAGACGAAAGAAGAUGGACGCGAGAACGAUCAAUUGCCAUCUAGUUCGUACAGCUCGACCGAAUCAUGCCGCGACGUUGAGAGAGCGACGCGAGUUGAAAAUCAGAGUUCUCCACCGCAACGUUUACAGUCGUCGGAAGCUAAGCAAGUAUCCGAUGAAUCUGGAAGAAGAGCGGAUCGAUCUCCCGUACGUGAAUCGACGGGAGACUUUUGUCAGCAAGGACAACACGACGCCAGUCAACAACGUACUUUAUUCGCGACGAAUCAACAAUCGUCGCCGACGGCGAACCAAGAUAAAAUAUACACGAGUGCAAAUUCGCUUCAGCAUGAAUCGAUCUACGAGCAACGUCCACGACAGUAUCAGGCACGACAAGAGCCUUUACACGCUCAACGAAUCGCCGAUCCAACGUACGGUCAACAGAGUCCUUCGACAUAUAUGCUAUUGUCGCCCUCGAAACGGGAGACUAGGCAGCACCUGGAAGCAUUUUAUUGGCAGCAAAAGGCGUUGGAAGCGCAUCGGAAGUCGGCCGUUUCGUCGGCAAAUUCCGGUCCAAGACAGAUCGCGCCGAAAAUUGAUUUGCCGGAAAUGAGAGAAGCGAUGUAUUGGCAACAGCUGAAGAAAUUGGACGAGGAGCAGCAGCGACGAAUCUACGAACGAAACGCGAUGGAAGACAGACUCUACGAAACCUACAAGACGAGAACGAAAAGUCCCGUGGCGACUUUGUUGUUGCCUAAUGCGAAUCCGACAUUUCAUUCUAAGGGUGUGACGGUACCGGGUCUCGUCGUUCACGGGGACCGACCGUACUGGAGCAACGCGCAGCAACGUCUCAAGACGAGCCCGACCGGAAAGUUACCGUUGAUGCAGACUCAGAAGGGCCAGAAUCAGCCGGUGCUGAUUGUUCGACCGCAGCAAGCGCUACGGGAUCGUCAGGAGAUGUCGAUGAAAGCGAUGAAUCCGCGGGAUCCCGCGGGAUACGAUGCGCAACGAUCCAAGAGCGCUUCCCCGCACUUUCACAGAGGCGAUAUCGAGCGUGCCAGUUUCAACGUGACAUGCAGAAGACCGGCCGCGAACGAAACAACCGGCGUCUCGGGGUCCCCGAGGAAACCGGAAGCUAGCGAGAUUCACGAGGAAGACAGCAACGACGGCAACGAAGACAAACCUCGUCCGCCACAUCCGAUAUUUAAGAGGGGAAGCCUCAUAGGAGGAGACUCGGUCGAAUACGGUAGUGCGGGACCCAAGAGAGUCAGCUUCUCCAAUCAACCGAAGAUCGGACCGGAAUUAGCGACGGGCAGCUGGCCAACCAAGCAUGGCACGGCACCCGAACCGCCUACCAGGCGACACAAGAGCGAAAACAGCGCCUCGGAUACGGAUUCGGGAUAUUUGCAUCAAGAUCGACGCGACGCGAAUCAGGAUGUCGCUUUGUACGGUACUCGGGCAGCGGAUCCAACUUGUCGCCCGCAACGAGACGUCGGCUACGACGCUAACAGGCCUCUGCCUCCUCCGCCCAAGGAUCCUUUCGUAAUCUCUCGCCGUGAAAACAGCGUUAAGCAUUACGUCUGCAACGAGAUCCGAUGGAACAGCGAGGAACGCAGCUGUCAACGACCACGGCAGGAGGAAGAGUGGAAUCCAGAUGGCAAGGGUCGACAGUCCAAUGAUACCGGUGGAUCCGUCAGGGGGGAGGUUGACUCCGGUUCGAACGAACUCACACCUGGCAGACGGGCAGGCAGUGGUGGCGGUGGUGGCAGCGUCGGCAGUGGCGUCUUGGGGGUCGGCGGUGCCGGGGGUGGCUCGGGGAGCCGGGGCUCCUCCGGUGGUGGCCGCUCGAGGGACGAGCCUAGAAGGCACACCCUCGGCGGCGAUCAUCAACCGUCCCUUCAUCAUCAGCAAUUCAACGCGGCGCAGCAACUGCACCCCCUACACCCGCAUCAUUUGCCGCCACCACACGGCCAAUACGGCACCCCGCCAUCACGGCACACCACCAUGGAUCUCGAGAUGGGGACCAAGUCUCGCCAGAGAAAGUCGCCUCUUCCGCGCGGGUAUCCGCCCCCAUCUUCGACGAUGCUCUUCGAUGACGACCCGGGCAUUAUGUCCGAGGUGGAAACCUCUAGCACAGGAUUUCGACGAGGUGGCAAGCAAAGGAGCAGCUUGCCUGUUGUACGAACGCCCAGCAAGACUUUGGAGCGACCACUAGGCGGUUCCCUAGGACUGGUGUUCCUACAGUACAGGAACGAGACGAAGAGGGCAUUGCUACCGAACGAGAUCACCAGUAUAGACACGGUCAAGGCCCUUUUUGUUAGAAGCUUUCCAAAACAACUCACUAUGGAAUACCUAGACAGUCCCCACGUAAAGGUUUAUAUACACGACAGCAACAAGGAUAUGUUCUACGAACUCGAAGAUCUAAGAUCGCAUCUGAGAGACAUCAGGGAUCGCAGCGUUUUGAGACUUUUCGAGAGCGCCGACGGAGUGACAGGAAUGCCGGGACCCUUGGGAGUACCAGGAGGUGGCGGCGGUUUACCGCCCCAUUGGGAAGAUCAGAGCUACUUCAGCGAACCAGAAUUCGACAGCGAAUAUCAGCAUCAGCACAUUCACAAGAGCAAGACAGCCAAGAAUUCGACGUCCGGCAGCGGAUAUUACGUGGGCGGAAGCAGCACCCUGCCGCGCGGUGGAUCGCUCUUAAGAGCGUACAGCCCGGCGGCAUCGAGCGUCGUCGGAGGACCGAGCGCGACGCCGACGCAGCCCAAGACUCUUACCACACCAGGUGGUGGCGGGGUGCCGCCGGCCAAGCCGCUUCGCAGCUACCAGUGUGGUAAGAGUCCCCUUGGAAGCCUCGGGGGCUCGGCGCGCUUCUCUAGAGACAGCUCGGUCUCCCUCUAUAGUAUACCAGAUCGACUACACGGAGAAAGUGGAUACAUGAGCAGCCCUGAGCGCGGUGGUGGCGUCGGUUCCGGAAGCGGAAGAUAUCCACCCGGGCCUUACAGCGCCGGUAGCAGUUACGAAGAUCCGUAUUAUUCGCAAUACUCGGGCACCGUUACUCCUGUUAUCGACGAAGAAGCCAGCGAUACGGAGCUGUUGGAGGAAUCGUACAGUCUUUACGGCGUGAAACCACCGGGGCGUCCGCCGUCUGGUCCCCCGCGGUCCCCGUUCCCUACGGGGGCGGCACCCCCCCUGCCACCCGGCGGACAGGCCUACGACGCUACUCGGAUAAGAGUGGAGCACAUGGAAAGACAGUUGGCCAAUCUAACCGGGCUCGUGCAGAAAGCUUUGACACAUGCUCCACAUACGAGCCCUUCGCCACGAGAGUACUUGCAAGUCCCGCCAGGACGAGAUCCUUACGCGAGAGCCGCAGGCGCCGGGGAUGAGUUCGACAAACAUUCUAGCUCCAGCUCUGCCUCACUGCCAGUGUCUCAACCUGCCGUUACAGAUGACUCGUACUUAAGGACUGACGUUAAACCGCCAAAAUUAGGCAAAGACAAGUCGGUGUCGUUUGAAAAGUCAGUGUCCUUCAGUGACGAGCCACCAGACAUGAACUCCCCCAAACAACACUCCCCGCAACAUGCAGCGGACACAAAACCUACGAAACCGGCUAUCAAAUCCUCCACGUUGCCGAGGAUGUCGUCGCAAGAGAGGGACAGGCACAAGCCGACUCCACCGCCGAAACCAGCCGCCCUGGUGGCUGGCCAAUACGUGUAUCGGGACCUGGCACUCACGCCAGAGAUGUACAAUCAAUUGCGAGGUCUGCAGAAGAAGGCGAAGGAUCUCAGACAGGAAGUGAGGAACCUUAGACGCAUGUCGCAGGCACAGGCCCAUACAGUGCGCGAAACCAUCAGGGACACAUUCAUCACGAUUAGGGCUAUGCUAUUGUCAGGAGGGGAUGCGGCCUGGACAGCUGGGGAUACAGAAAAGAUUCGACUGAGCCGCGAGGAAGACCUCUACAAGCAAGAAAUGAUAAGGCUGGAAAAAGAUCUCACCGAGCUGGAGAGCACCGUGGAGGAGCUUCGCGGUAAUGUGAUCAAUAGAAAGACGCGUGUCAAUAUGUCGGAUGUGGAGAACAUGGCUUUGAUAUUGAGUAAAUCCAGCAAAACUGUUGCUGAUCUGAAGGUACGUUUCCCAAGUCUGCAGGAGGGUAUGAAGGGUCUGCUUAGUUCCGAAAUGGAGAAAGUGGUACGCGAGGAGAAAUUCCUCAAGGAAGAACCUGAACGAUUAGAGUCCGCGUUGAGACGUUGCAAGAAACUCACUGGCACAUUGGUGACGCUCAAACGCUUGGCGUCGGUGCAAGAGCAGCGAUUACCAAACGCAGCGAGCGUAGAUGCCGAGGAAACACCGCCAAUAACGCCGACAACGGCACAGCAUUCCAAGGCAGCUGCCCCUGUGCCAGCGGAACGCACUGUCGUGGGGUCAGCGAGCGUCCUCGGGGGAGGGAGCCACCCUCACGAGUCACCCGCCGACCCUCAGCAGCGUCCGGAGAACGCACUCGACGCUCUGCUAGAUGAACUGCAGACCUUCUCGCGACCUGGCUCCCAAAUGGGCCACGUGUCUAGCAGUCUGUCGGUGCACCCGGGUCCGAACGUGCUCCUGGCCGACAUCGGCCGCGCUUCCAGCCUACGAGAAUCGAGUGUCACGGCAACCACCGGCGGCGGCGGCGGCGGUACCCGCGCGCCCAGUAUCAGCGACAUCGGUCGAAAGGGCAGCGUGGACUCGUCGAGCGGUACCCUGACCGCGGUGCCCGCCUCCGCCGUCAUGGUGGGUCUGCCCGGGAUGGCGCCGGGUGCCAGCGGCACUCUGCGUCGCCUACAUUCGUAUCCGUCGAGCUCGGACACCGACACUUCGCCGCCCAUCGCCAGGCUACAGGCGUUGUCGCUGCAGGAGCAACAACCAUCGCAGCAGCAGCCCGCAGGAGUACCGAUACUGCCGCAGGCUUUCCUACCCGGACAGAAGCCGCCGGUUCCGGAGCGAAACGUCGAGCUACUGCAGCUGGCGAGCGCUAGGAGAGUACCGCCGCCACCGCCGCCACGCACUAGCUCCCGAUCACCUCUGGCGAGUCCGACCAGCCCCCAACUGCCACCCAGGAAUCAUCCGUGCAGUCUGCAGAGCGGCAACGCGACUUUACGUCGACCGGCAACGCGCGGCGGCAAGCCGCCCAUGGCCCUACCGCCGGACACUACCGCGACGAUUCUGUCCACGACGGAACAGGUCGGCGGGGACCGGUCGGCGCCGUCGAGCGUCGCUGCUCCGAUACACAAUUCGUCGUCCUCGCAAUCCUCCGCGGUGCUGUCGACCAGCAACUCGAGCUCCUGCGAGAGCGUCAACUCGCAGGAAGGUCUCCAGAGCAAGCGCGGCAGGCAGGAGCAAUUGGAGCAACGGCAUCAGGAACUCCUGAGGAAACAGAAAGCCCUGCAAGAACAGUACGCCAGGUUGCAACAGCUACAAAGAAACGCGGCCGGUCUCACCACUGUACCUCCGGCGCCACCCGAUCUCCUCAAGAAAACCGGCUCCGAAAGCAAUCUCCUGGCAAAGAUGGGUCUCGGUUUAAGCGCCGCGAGUUCUGGAUCCCUCACCAGUCUCAGUAUCAAGCCGCAGAUGGUGUCGCAAGAGACUAUCAGCAACGGCCAAAAUCAAACGACCAAGAUAGAGAUCACCAAUGGACAGAUACUCCCGAUGACCUCCGCGGCAACGACGACGACUACGACGACGACCGGCAAUCAGAUCGUCCCUGUUAGCGUCGCCACCUCCAUGACGGUGGUAUCGGCUUCGACAACCACCGGCUCGGCCACAACUGUCACCACAACGUCCACUACGACUACCAGCAAGGUUUAUGAAACGGACAUUCUGUGACCGAGAAGCCGCUCGAUGAUCGGUUGCUCGACUGUCAAAAUCGCCGCUGAAAUCGCACUGGCGAGUAGUUAACACAGCCGGCGAGAUUGCGAGGCCACUAGAUCGCGUGGUCCUUGAUCUCUUUAAAAAGUUGCAGUCAAAUGAGAGGAACGGAAAAAGCAGGAAGAACGAACGAGAAUAGACUGGAUGAAGAAUAUAAUGGAAGGAAAACAAGAAUUGGUAGAAUGAAGUAGAUCAAGUGGAAGGCUGACAAAGAGACGCGGACGAAAAGACAAGAGAGAAGAACACAGAGAAGAGAUAAGAAGAUUAUUUCUACAAUCUUCGCCAUUUACGCGUAACAUCUAACUUGCGAAAGUAGAAUAAAGCGUAGAAACUUAGCGCGGGACCCGCGUAAGAACAUAAUAUCGCACUAAUUACUAUGGCUAACGAUAGCAUUAAUAAUUGUAAAACGAUGCGCGAGGAAAAUCUCGAUAUACGCGGACACGUAAACGGAACGAUCAACAUUUUUGAAAAAGAGAAGAGAAUACGCAGCGUUCACUGGGGUUCAUUGAAUUUUGCACUUUUACACGAGCAUAUUCAAUGCGCCCAGCUAGAUAGAUGGGUCAUAAUCCGAGUGCUCCAUCGCACUAUCGUCGGACGCGUCGUCUUGCUCUCUCUCUCUCUCUCUCUCUCGCUUGGUCUCUUGAGAUCUUUCCCUUCGAAUCUCAAAAUUGAUCCUUGUAUACACCUCGUACAUAUCCGGCAUGCUCUUCGUAACACGUUUCUGUGCCAAAAUACGAGAAGAACGCGAUAUGUACUUGCGUACUUUUUUUAAGAUUAUACACAGCCGUCACCCAUAAUUAGCCGGCUCUUCGUUCUUUCUUCAUCGUAGUAGGGCGAGCGUAAAACACCGUCAAGAUUCUACGUAGGCGAAUCAUCAUAUAAAUAUUAUACAUAAUAUACAAAUACGUAUAUAUUAUACAUAUAAAUAUAUACAUACUAUAUGUACGCGUGCGGACGGGGAGAUUUAUAUAAAUAUAUACACCUAAGUGGAAAAAAAUAGAUAAAUAGUAUAUGUAUACACGAGAUAUACUGUGCGAUCUUCUCUCAUGCACAUGUGCGCAUAUACAACACAUACGUAUACAUUCACACGUUGUUAAUGCCAAAACGAAACGGCGACGACGAUGUCGGCGAAAUCACGCGCCUUUCGUACACGAUGACGACGGUCCUAACGUGACUUUUAUCGUGCUUAGAAUAAUUGCUACCGUACGUGUGUGUAUACACGUAUAUAUACACACACAUCCAGCCGCAUUUACACAUAUAUAAAUACACAUAUACAGGAUGCGUAGCGAUAUAGGCGAUCGACGUUGAUUAUUCCUCGUUACCGGCAAGGUAUUUACGGGUGGCGCUUCAAUUACGCGAGAAAAAUAUUCCGAGGGUAUACAAGGAGUCUGCGAAGGGACGUCUCACAAAACGUACAAGACACGGUUGACAGAAAACUUGAGAGAUCCAGAAAACAGCAGUCGGAUGCAAAUGCGAGUAUAUAGAAGUUUAAACGUCAGUUUACCGUGUAAUCCAUGUAACAUCUGCUAACAAGACGCAGAAUAUUGAAAAAGAAUAUUUGCAUAAUCCCUCUCGCGGUUGAGUUGUAUCAACGAUAUAUAUAUUUCUAAAUUAAUUCUAAAUUAAUUCUAUUACAAAUACUAUAUUUUCGUUAAGAGUAUAUCUUAUUAUUUAUAAUACGCAGGAUUUAGAUUUUAUAUAAUCAUUAGUAAAAGCGAGAUUUAAUAAACGUUUCUUGUUUCGGAAACGGAAUUAAAAAAGAACAAAAAGUAUCAAUUUAUGGAUAAUUCAUAGGAUUCAUAG